AUGGCCGAAGAAAUUCCCGAAGGAGACUACGAAAGAGGCAAGAAAGUCUUCAAAAUGCGAUGCCUGAUGUGCCAUGUGGUUAAUUCUGACGUGCAAAAGACUGGACCACCACUUCGUAAUAUUUUCGGACGAAAGGCAGGCACUGUAGUGGGCUACGACUACUCGGCGGCCAAUAAGCUUGCGGUAAUGCUUAAACUGCAUUCAUUUCUUGGAUUACAAAUUGUGAACCUGUUAAUAUUUUUGAACCUUCAUUUCUUUUCACUUGAGGAUCACAGAUUAUGA